GUGUGUCUAAGAAACAUGAGUAGAAUAUCAGGAAGCUACAACAUGAACACAACUCAGACUGAAGUUAGACUGGAGUGAACUAAAGCAAACGGGGGCCAUGGACAAACCAGUGUGCUUGAUUGACACGGCGUCCGAUGGGAAGCUGUGUGUCCAGCGCUCAGCGUUGCAGGUUCUGGAGCAGAUCCAGCAGCCCGUGGUGGUGGUGGCCGUGGUGGGUCUCUACCGAACUGGGAAGUCCUACCUGAUGAAUCGACUGGCAGGGAAGCAAACAGGGUUUGCACUGGGCAGCACAAUCGAGUCCAAGACGAAGGGCAUCUGGAUGUGGUGCGUGCCUCACCCCAAUAAAGCAGGAACCACUCUGGUGCUGCUGGACACCGAGGGACUCGGAGACGUGGACAAGGGAGACCCGAAGCAUGAUACCAAGAUCUUGUCUCUGUCUGUCCUUCUGAGUAGCACGCUAGUGCUGAACAGCCAAGGGACGAUCGACAACAGAGCUAUUGAGGAACUGCAAUAUGUCACAGAGUUAACGGAGUACAUCAAGAUCAAAUCUGAUGAGGAUGGAGAGGACUCCGAGUUUGUCAAGUUCUUCCCCAGUUUCAUCUGGGCCGUGAGGGACUUCACCCUAGAACAAAAAAUAAAUGGCAAUUACGUGACCGAGGACCAAUACUUGGAAUUUGCCUUGAAGCUGAAACCAGGCUCUUCAAGAACAGUCAACGAGUUCAACCUUCCACGGCAAUGUAUCCGAAAUUAUUUCCCAUCCCGGAAGUGUUUUACUUUCCCUUUCCCAACCGCCCCAGAGAAAGUGUCUCAUCUGGAGAGCCUGGAUCCUGCUGAACUUUCCCCAGAUUUUCAGGAGGUCACGCAACGUUUCUGCAACUUUGUCUUUGAUAAGAGUGAAGUAAAGAAGCUGAAGGACGGAUACACUGUCACUGGCAGAGUCCUGGGUCAUUUUGCGAAGACAUAUGUAGACACGCUUUCCAGCGGUAAAGUUCCAUUUCUGGAGAACGCUGUGAUCGCCAUGGCACUGAUUGAGAAUCAAGCUGCGGUGAAAGAGGGCCUUGAGGUGUACCAGAGUGGAAUGGAGAAACUGAAGAAGUCCUUCCCUCUGGAACUGAAGGAGGUCACAUCAGAACACCAACGUCUCAGCAGGACUGCAACACAGGUCCUAAUGAAGCGCUCCUUUAAGGACACCGAGGGGACGUACCUGAAAUCUCUAGAGGAAGGCAUUAAUAAUCUCUUUCAUGGAUACUUGUGUAAAAAUGAGGAGGCUUCAAAGAAAAGAUGUGCGAAUAUUUUGUCAUCCCUCUCUGGAACAAUGACAGAGAAGCUGAAGAAAGGAUCCUAUGCCAUACCUGGUGGUCAUCUUCUCUUCUCCCAGGACCUUGAAGACAUUGUGAAGAAUUAUAAAAUACAAGCCAAUAACGAAGUCAAGGCAGAAGACACACUUGAAGAGUUUCUGAAGCAGAAGUUGGUGGAGUCUAAUGCAAUUCUGCAGGCUGACAAUAAACUGACGGAGAAGGAGAAAAAACUAAUGGAGGAAAGAGAGAAGGCCAUUCUCCUGGCUCAAGAAAUAAACACCAAGGAACAGAAGCAGCGACAGCUGGAAGAGAAGAUGGAAACUGAGAGGAGGAGUAAUGAAGAGAGGAUGACACAGAUGAAGGAGAAGAUGGAUGAGGAGAUGAGGUUUCAGAGAGAAGAGGCCGAGCGUGCCAUGGACAGCAAACUGAGGGAGCAGGCCGCUCUGAUGGAGAAGGGCUUUAAGGAGAAGGCUGACAGGAUGAGCCAGGAGAUUGAAGAGUUCAGGACGAAGAAUAAAAACGCAGAGAAGGAAACUCAGAAACUGUUUGAAAAGAUGUUCGCAAACAUGAACAAAAGACACGCUGAUACUAUGAAUCUGUUACAGAAGCAACACAGCGAGCAGAUGGAGGCGAUCAGGAGCAUGCCGAAGCCUUCGUCUAAUCCCUUCGCUCUGGUCUUAAAUCUGCUAGUCGAAGGUCUCAGCGUCUUUGCCGUUGGCUCACGUCGCUGUUAAAGCAGCCAUCGAUCCCUGGCAGACACUUACAGACAAAGCAAAGUAUUAGUGAUGGAGGCUGCCAAUCAGGGUCCCAUCCCCAUCAUCGGGAGCAAGUGGAGUUCAAUGUCUUCCCCAACGAUCUUUCAACAUAUGGAUUCAAACUCUGAAACUUGAGAUUCCAGCGGUGCUUGUUUCUCCAGUAAUACAUCCUCAAAAAACUUGCCUUGUCAUGGUGUUAUAAGACAACUGAUACAUCCUUCAUCAUAUCCGACUGUUUGGUUUAUGGGUAACAGGCUUGAGGAUGGAGGAGCGAGUACAUGAGGAAUCAUCCCUUGAGAAGCACCUGAAGUCUAUUUCUUUAGCCCAUACCUCCUCCAUUCAAACCCUUCCAAUCAGCUAAUGCACUGCCACAUUUUUUUCUGAUUGGAUUAAAGUUUUUGUAAUUAAGAUAAAAGUAUUUGUUUUAUAAAGCCAUGUGGCAGUGCUGUUAUCUUCCGCAAAGUGUUAAAGCCAUUUUACUAAAAAUAUAUAUUUUUUAAUGUAUGUAUUGAGUUUUAAAAUACAGCUCAAACUCAGGCCAAAUAAAAUACUCCACAAUA